AUGGUUUUCCAGCUGAAAAGUGGACCGGGCUUGAGAUUGAUAGUUAACUUUACCAAAAUCAAACGACCCACUGCCGAACACCAUAACGCCAAACCGAUGGACUGGAUGAUUGCGUGCCUCAAACAUCUCAAAACUCUGCAUCAGAUGGAGAGUACACCCCAGCCAGAUACAGAAAACUGGGAUUGGAUCCACAGCCAUAUGAAAAAUUCUGGUGACCAAAAGCAUGUUUUCAAAAAGUUUAUGCCAUCCAGCUCAAUCUAUGAGCUCGCAACAAAAGAAAAGGUGCUUUCUACAUUGCACUCUUCGAAAUUUAAGGGAAAAAAACUCAUGAAGCUGGUAGACUUUGUGAUAGGAAACGAGGCUCGAAGAAUAUUCCUUUGCCUUGCAUUGAUUGAUGGGCUCCAGUACCUACCGGGUUUCAUGAAUGCUAAAGUCACGGACAAAGACCUGCCCAUCGCCGACAGCACGAACGCAGAGGAAGACAACCCGACCCCCGGGGGGCAGCAACUUGAUAAGACUUGUUUCAAUAUAGAACACCCCGCGAAGAAUUUCCCACUCAAAGGUGGAAGAGUUUUCGCCGAUUUUCUCGAAAAGCAAUGGCUUUUUCUAUCCCCUGACUGCUCGAAAGAUUCAUUGAAGAUCCAUGUCUUUCAUCAUAAGCGCCCUAUGGCAUACCUGCCUCCUUCGUUGAGCAAUGUUCCAAUUUCCACAUCCAAUUUCAGUGAAGUAUGGAGAGUGUAUCUUCAUCCCGAUCAUUUUGGACAUCGCCAAUCAGCGAGCUCAUCAGAGGAUUCAUCCGAGAAAAUCGAAGCUGCGCUCAAGAUAUUAAAAGUUCAGGGUGGCUCUAGUGAUGUUAAUGUUAAGAUUGAGGAAUUCUAUCGACACGAAACUGAAACUCUUCAGAAAAUGGCGAACAUAAAUCAUAAGCAUCUCAUCAGUGCCAUUUUUGCCUACAAAUCAGGCGAAGACAGGUGCUUCCUGUUUCCAUGGGCCCGCGGUGGUAAUCUUAAUGAUUUCUGGAAGAGUUUUGACAAUUUACAGCAUAGGAUGGACUUUGUUGCAUGGUCCCUUGAUCAGAUGCAUGGGAUAUUUGAGGGUCUGAACAAACUUCAUCAACAGAACAUCCGCCACGGAGACAUCAAACCUCAUAAUAUUCUCCAUUUUCCGCAAAACGGGCGCGGAUCUGCGUCAGGGAGACUCGUUAUUGCAGAUGUUGGACUUUCCAAAUUCCACGAAGAGUAUACUGCGGACCGAAAAUAUUAUACGUCUACUACACAAUGCACAAUUAUGUAUCAACCGCCGGAAGUGAAAAAGAGCAAGCGAUCGCGACUGUUUGACUACUGGUCGCUCGGCUGUGUUUUUCUGGAAUUUACAAUCUGGAUUUACGAUGGCCACGACGGUCUUCGCAACUUUCGCAAACGUUUAGAGGACUCACAGCCCCAUCUACAUAAUGGCAAGACACCCAGAUUUUGGGAUUACGAGGGCAAUCAAACGCCAAAACUCAAUGCUGCUGUUCAAGACACGAUGGAUGAAAUGCAAAACAGAGUUCCACCAUUGAGUAAGUUCGCACAUGAGUUGAUCGAACUAAUUAGGACAAAGCUUUUGGGUAUCGAUGCUUACCAUGGUGAGAAAAUUGGAAAUUGGGACAAGAAAAACGCCGAACUUGUUCUGAAAGAAAUAAACACGAUCAAGGAGCGAUAUAUGGAAAGCGGCAAAGACCUCCUUUGGUUGUCACUCCUCACGAAACAUCAAGCUAAAAAUAACCAACCAACAAAUUCAACGACCCAACCAACAGGAGAGAACACCUCCUCUAGGGGAACAACUCUGGAUUGGCCAUCACUUCGACCGAAAAUACAAUCUGCAGCCUUUUGCCGACAAUGUAGAAACAUCAACUUUGACCAGUCGGAAUGGAACCUAUUUCGUAAUAUGCGGGAGUUGGAACACAGUUCGCCUGACUGUGCGCUAUGUCACUUUAUCGUUCAGUCAAUUGCAGACGCCAACCUGAAGAGCGGAGAGCCAGUGAUUUUGGCCCGCGACAAGCAGUCUCAUGUGGUUCGGCUGCUUGGGCAAGAUUUGCCGGUGGUUUCAUUGUACUCCGAGCCAGACUUUGCGAGUAAGAACUUAUCAGCUCCUCCACCCGGGCUUCCACUGCUCACAGAAAUGGGUAGCCCCCAGCAGAAGAAGCUUCUAAAUGCAUGGAUCGACUUGUGCAAUAAAACGCAUGACUGCUCCUUAGACACGGCAAACGGCACCGCCGCAGGUAGACACAUGCCCACUAGGUUGAUAUUUGUGGGUGACGACUGCACUUCUACCAUUCGCCUAGUAGACUCAAUUGAGCUGUCCAACGAUAACUAUGUGGCUUUGAGCCACCGCUGGGGAGAUGUUUCUAACCAGAAGAUGGUCCGCACAACGGUUAGCAACAUUGAUGAUUUCAAGAGGGAAAUCCGAUUUGAAUCGCUCCCAAAAACCUUCCAAGAUGCAGUAAAACUAACUAGAGUAAUUGGUGUUCCGUUUCUUUGGAUUGAUUCUCUUUGCAUCAUCCAAGGAGAUGAAGAAGAUUGGGCAAGGGAGGCUGCUCGAAUGGAAGGAGUUUUCAGCUCCGCCUACUGUGUUUUUGCAGCUACAUCCGCCAAGUCUUCCCUUGAAGGGUUCUUGGGCGACAGAGAACCGCGCCCUUCUGUUGCUGUAAACACUUCCAGGAGCAGGAUGUACUUAUCAAAGUAUAUCGAUAAUUUCGAGAAGGAUGUGGAGCAUGGCCUUCUCAAUACACGAGGAUGGGUGCUUCAAGAGCGAGCGUUAGCACGUCGGACAAUUCAUAUAACGUCUACGCAAAUAUACUGGGAAUGUGGGCAAGGUAUUUAUUGUGAGACAUUGGCUCAACUUGAAAAUCCCCAGUCUCGAUUUCUCGGAGACGCACAUUUCCCAGAGUCAUCAUUCCGGCACUACAAGUACAAGGAUGAGUGGAUCAGGCUCCUUCAGUAUAUACAGGAGCUCUAUAGUGGCCUUACCUUGGGAUACCUAACUGAUCGCCCCAAAGCUAUGCUGGGUAUGGAGAAACGAAUAGCUCGGGUGUUCAAAUCUCAGGCACGGUACGGUAUCUACGAAGUGUUUUUUGCCCGAACGAUGCUUUGGACGGCGAGCGUCACGGAAGGGCUAACUCGAAUUGACCCCAUGGGUAGCAAACAAGUUCCUUCAUGGUCUUGGAUGUCGUACACGGGGAAGAUCACAUACAUAGACAUUCCGUUCAAGAAGGUUACAUGGUUGGAAAACUUGACAAAUCCUUUCGACACCGACCAGUCUUUGGAAUUAUGGGAUGAACACCUGUUUGGGGUGGCAAACAACUUGGUCGGUGAAGCGUGGGAGUCUAUAACGGAGGUUGUUUUUGACUGUAGUUCCGACCAGAAAGAUCGGCAUGCUUGGAAAUGCGUCCUACUUGGGGAGGAGAGGGCAACUUGUCUCGUCAAAGAAGCGGUUUAUUAUGCGUUGAUAAUACGACCUGUGGGCGCUGCGGACUUGUCUAGGUACGAGCGAGUUGGCGCUGGUAGGCUUUACCACUCGCAAAUUUCUCACGGCGAGACACAAUAUGUCGUUAUCAUUUGA